ACGUUCAGACAAUUUGUUUUAGAAAAAAUAAAGAAAGAAAAAACUGUCAGUUGAACGAAACGUAUUUGUAAACAAAGUGUUCAGUACCGCUAAAAACCACCAACAAAAACUCUUAAUUGAUGAACUAAUUACCACAAUGGAAACGGACAAAUUAGAAACAUUCAUCAACGAUCACCUUCGUGAAGACCUGAAAGUUUACGAGAACCAUCUCAACCACAUUCACAGCGAGAUAAUGGAAUACAACCAGCUGCGAAACACGGCCAGCACAAUCAACACACACCUUAAAUCGGGAUUCAAAACCAAAGUGGAUGUUGGGGCAAAUUUUUUCGUUCAAGCAAAAGUGGACAACACUGACAGAAUUCUGGUGAACGUUGGUCUGAAUCAUUUCGUGGAGUUUCAAUUGGAAGAGGCAAUUAAAUUUUGUGACUUUAAAGUGCGAGUGUUAAACAAGGAAGCAGACGUAAUACGGGAAGAAAGUCUAAAGUGUCGUGCUAAUAUUAAAUUGGCGCUGAUGUGCAUAGGUGAUAGGAGUAACUUGCAUACGGAAAACAGGAAUUGACACCAAUGAAAUUUGAAUUUUGUAUUAUCGAUUGUUAUCGGAUUAAAAUGAUGAUUUGAUGAUAAAAUGGGAAGUCUAUCAUUGGUCUAUACCAACAAGAAUUUCACGACGCACCGGCCA